AUGGACGAGAUUGCCAAGGAAUACGACGUUGUUGUCCUCGGCACUGGCCUGACCGAGUGCAUCCUCUCCGGUGUUCUCAGUGUCAAGGGCAAGAAGGUUCUGCACAUUGACCGAAACGACCACUACGGCGGUGAGGCUGCCUCCGUCAACCUCGAGACCCUAUUCAAAAAGUACGGCAGUGCCACCGGUGACAAGCCGUGGGAGAAGUAUGGCCGCCUCAACGACUGGAACAUUGACCUGGUCCCCAAGCUGCUCAUGUCCUCUGGCGAGCUGACCAACAUUCUGGUCUCUACCGAUGUCACCCGUUAUCUCGAGUUCAAGCAAGUCACUGGCAGCUUUGUCCAGCAGGGUGCCUCCCCCAAGGCCACCGUCGCCAAGGUUCCUUCGGAUGCUGGCGAGGCCCUCAAGUCACCCCUCAUGGGCCUCUUUGAGAAGCGCCGCAUGAAGUCCUUCAUUGAGUGGGUUGGCACCUUUGAGCUCAAGGACUCUGCCACUCACAAGGGUCUCGACAUGAACAAAUGCACUAUGAACGAGGUCUAUGACAAAUUCGGUCUCGAGGCUGGCACCAAGGACUUUAUUGGCCACGCCAUGGCUCUCUAUCUGACCGACGACUAUCUGACGGCCAAGGGCGAGGCCCCCAACGCCAUCGAACGCAUCCGCCUCUACGGCAAGUCGGUGGCUCGCUACGGCAAGUCGCCAUACAUCUACCCCCUGUACGGUCUCGGCGAACUGCCUCAGGGCUUUGCCCGCCUCUCCGCUAUCUACGGUGGUACUUAUAUGCUCAACACAACCGUCAAUGAGUUCAUAACCGAGGGCGGCAAGACCGUCGGCAUCAAGGCCACCAUGACUGGUGCCGAGGACUUGAAGUUCGAGACCCGUGCCAAGCUGAUUCUUGGUGACCCUUCCUACUUCCCUGGCAAGACCAAGGUUGUCGGACACGUCCUCCGUGCCAUCUGCAUUCUCAAGCACCCUCUUGCCGGUACCAACGACAGCGACUCCUGCCAGCUCAUCAUUCCUCAGUCCCAGGUCGGCCGCAAGAAUGACAUCUACGUUGCCUGCGUUUCUUCGGCCCACAACGUUUGCCCCAAGGGCUAUUGGGUUGCCAUCGUCUCUACCAUUGCCGAGACCGAGGCCAACCAUCACCUCGAGCUCCAGGCUGGUCUCGACCGCCUCGGUGCUAUCGAGGAGCAGUUCAUGGGCCCUCCCAUCCCCAUGUACGAGCCCCUCGAGGACGGCACCAAGGACAACAUCUUCAUCUCCAAGAGCUACGACGCCACCAGCCACUUCGAGACCACGACCGACGAUGUCAAGGAUAUCUACCGCCGCGCCACUGGCGAGGAGCUCAAGGUUGAGGGCCUGAGGGAGGGCAUUGUUGUUGCUGACGAGCAAUAA